UUUGUUUAUUGUAUGCGUCAAAGUAAGUGAGGGAGAGAGAUUGAGUCUUGUUCACGCCACCCAAAUGCUAUUUUUCAUUUUAUUAAUUUGAUUCCCCCAUUACUAUAAAGAAGCCCAACUUUCCCCCUUACCUCUUAACACACCCUCUCUCUUGUUCUUGUGGCUUCUUCACCUCCUAGCCAUACAUAAACAUAUUUGCAUGUGAUGUGUGCAUGAACUCUGAAAUCAAGAGAUGGAAAAAGUGAAGGUGGUGAAAAAUGGGGUGUUGAGACUGCCACCUGGGUUCCGGUUUCACCCGACUGACGAAGAGCUGGUGGUACAAUACUUGAAGCGCAAGGUGCUCUCCUACCCCGUCCCUGCUUCCAUCAUCCCCGAAGUCGAUGUGUGCAAGUCCGACCCCUGGGAUUUACCAGGCGAUUCGGAGCAGGAGAGGUACUUCUUCAGCACCAAACAAGUCAAGUACCCCAACGGCAACCGCUCCAACCGCGCCACCGUCUCCGGCUACUGGAAAGCAACCGGUUUGGACAAGCAAAUCGUGGGUACGAGGAGCCACCAGGUUGUCGGGAUGAAGAAAACCCUCGUCUUCUACAGAGGCAAGCCGCCCAAGGGCUGCCGAACUGAUUGGAUCAUGCAUGAAUACCGCCUCACUACCAAGGAAACCUGGGUUCUCUGCAGAAUAUUCUUCAAGAGGAGGGGCGCCCCUCCGCCGCCACCGGUAUUCUACGAUUUCAUGGCCAACUCCAGCUCCGCCUCCGCCGCCAGCGGGAUUACUCAGAUUUCUUCAUCGGAGGAUCGCGAAGAAGAAAGCAGUAGCUGCAAUAGUUUUCCCUCCACUUCUACAAGGAAGCAGUGUGUAUAGAGUGCUCUACUAAACUUAGAUUUUUUUUUUUUUAAUCAAAUAACCAAUAUCAUUAAUGCUACGUCUCUGUUUUCUUGCA